AGCACAGCUAUACAUACAUACAUUAUAUCAGAGAAAAAAUUAAACCAUCUUUUACCUCAAAGUUGUCACAUAUAAUGAAGCCAACUAGCGGCAGAGGCGGGGCGAGCCGGCCACAACAAGCGGCCAUUCACCCUGUCUAUGAAGAUUUCAGGCCAGCUUUUGAGCGGCAACACGAAGAAGAAGCUGAAAAGCUUCUUGUUUAUCUUCCCGGUUUCCCAAAGGAGAACAUAAGGGUUAGCACGGAGGGCAAGAACACGGUGAGGAUUCGCGGGGAGCACUUAGUUGCCAGCAACUUAUGGAACCGCUUCCAAGAAGAUUUCGCGGCUCCAGAAGACUGUGACAUGACAAAAAUCAGGGCGAGGUUCGAAAAUGGACUCCUCACCAUAACUAUGCCAACCAAGAAACUUGCUCCCAUAACUACACAAAACACGGGCGAGGGACACGAUGAGAAACCAGACCUACAGAAACCGCCAGUUCAACAAGAUAACCCCCCUCCAAAGUUCACCACACCAUUAAUGCAAUCGGAAUCACAAGAAAAAGACGAUAACUACUAUGAAGAUAAGGCAAAGCAGAAAGAGAAAGACGAAGGAGAAAUCACAAGCAGCAGCAGCAGCGCAUGGAAUUACAUGGAAGCCAUUAAAAGCCUUACCGAGCCAUGCGAGAAGAGGCAGCUGCUCAUGAGUGCUGGCGCAGCUGUGCUCAUUACUGUAGCAGCACUCGGGGCCGCUUAUAUCUCCCUGCACUACAGAGAGACCAGUGGCAGUGCUGGGCCGAGUCCUCCGCCACAAGUGGCAGCCGGCCCUGUCUAUGAAGAUUUCAGGCCAGCUUUUGAGCGGAAAUGUGAAGAGGAAGUUGAGAAGCUUCUUGUUUAUCUUCCUGAUUUCCGAAAGGAGAACAUUAAGGUUAGCAUCGAAGGCAAGAACACAUUGAGGAUUCGCGGGGAGCACCUAGUUGUUGGUAACAUAUGCAAUCGCUUCCAACAAGAUUUCCCGGCUCCAGAAGACUGUGACAUGACAAAAAUCAGGGCAUGGUUCCAAAGUGGAAUCCUCACCAUAACAAUGCCAACCAAGAAACUUGUUCCACAUGAAGCGAAAGAAACCCAAAAGACCCCUACUACCCCUCCCGAAGAGACUCAACCCCCUCCUGAGGAGAGUCAAGCCCCUCCCACAACUUCACAAAACACAAGUGAGGGACACGAGAAACCAGACCUACACAAGCCACCAGUUGAACAAGAUUCCCCUCCAAAGUUCACCUCACCAAUGCAUUCCGAAUCAGAAGAAAAAGAUAACUACGAAGACAAGGCUAAGCAGAAAGAGAAGGAUGAAGGACAAACAACAAGCAGUGCAGGGAAUUACAUGAAAGCAGCUAAAACCCUUACCGAGCCGUAUGAAAAGAGACAAUUGCUCAUGAGUGCUGGUGUAGCUGUGCUUGCUAUUCAAAUAUCAUCAAAAUUUAAAAAACACAUCUAUACAUACACUAUAUCAGAGAAGAAAACAUCUUGUAUCACAAAGUUGUCAUAUAUGUCAAUGAAGCCAAAGAGUGGCAAAGCUGGGCAGAGCCGCCCGCCCCAAGUGGUGGUCCACCCUGUCUAUGAAGAUUUCAGGCCAGCUUUUGAGCGGCAACACGAAGAGGAAGCUGAGAAGUUUCUUGUUUAUCUUCCUGGAUUCCCAAAGGAGAACAUUAGGGUUAACACCAAAGGCAUGAACAUGGUAAGGAUUCACGGGGAGCACCUAGUUGCUGGUAACAAAUGGAAUCGAUUCCAAGAGGAUUUCCUGGCUCCAGAAAACUGUGACAUGACAAGAAUCAGUGCAAGGUUCGAAAAUGGAAUCCUCACCAUAACAAUGCCAACCAAGAAACUUGUUCCACAUGAAGUGAAAGAAACCCAAAUGACCCCUACCCCUCUCAAAAAGAGUCAACAUGUCUCCCCUCCAAAGUUCACCUCACCAAUGCAUUCCGAAUCAAAAGAAAGAGAUGAUAACUAUGAUGAUAAUGCCAAGCAGGGAGAGCAAGGUGGCAGACAAAUUACAAGAAGUGCAAGGACCUACAUGCAAGCAGUUAAAAGCCUUACCGAGCCGUAUGAAAAGAGGCAGCUCCUCAUGAGUGCUGGAGUGGCUGUGCUUGUUAGUGUAGCACUUGGGGCUUAUAUCUCCCUGCAGUACAGAGAGUCAGAGACUACCUAAGCUGAUUACCAACAUCUAACAUGAACUCAGCUAUUCAAAUACACGUAGUAAGUCUUCUAAUUAUAUAAAGAAAAAGGGUUGUCAUGAGAGAUAUGCAAAAGGCUGCUAGCUGCCCAACUCCCAAAUAAAUAAUACAAACUAUGCUACAGUAAAUCAAUUUGCUGUGAAAUUACAACACAUGAAUUUGAUGUCUAAGCCUCCUGUAAAGACAUCACUAGCUACAUUCCAGUUUCCACUGCACAUCAUUCCAUUGUGCUUGUACACAGAAUAUUUUCUCUGAUGAUAUAAAGCCCUUGUCUUGAGUCGUGCC